UGAACAUUUGAAGCGUUUUUUUUUUCCUUUCCUUUUUGGCGAUUCAGCAUUUGAUUCCUUCAGCUCAGCGUGUGUUUCUCGUGACGGAGAGCGUAUCAUAUAGGCAGCAGCUCGGCGAACCACCAGUGGAACAGAAACGGGAACCGGGCCGAACGCAUCAUCGGCCCUCGACAAUUUGCCGCCAAUUAACGUCCAAGACCGGCCGGCCGACACGACUUCCGUCUUCCCCUCUCCAAAAAAGCCUAAACCCUCGUCCACGUCAGCAGCGUCCGCCCCCUCGGUCCCCCUAAUCUCGCCUCCCCCCUCCGCCCCUCGUCCUCUGCAAUCUCGCCUUCGCGCCGCCAAGCCUCACCGCACCAUGGCGACCUUCACCGCGGCCUCCUCCCUCUCCCUCCUCUUCUCCCACCCCAACUCCCACUCCCGCCAACCAUCCGUGCGCGGGGGGCCCGCCGCCGGCUCCCACCUCCGCCUGCCUCCCCGCGCCAGCCCCAGCCGCGCGCGCUGCGCCUCCUCCGACACGACGGCCACGAAGCACCGCCGCCCAGCGGAGGAGAACAUCCGCGAGGAGGCGGCGCGGCUCCGGGGCCCCGCGCAGGGCUUCUCGGCGUGGUACGAGCCCUUCCCGCCGGCGCCCGGCGGCGACCCCGACGAGCGCUACUCGCUGGACGAGGUCGUCUACCGCUCCAGCUCGGGGGGCCUCCUCGACGUGCGCCACGACAUGGAGGCGCUGGCGCGCUACCCGGGCUCCUACUGGCGCGACCUCUUCGACUCCCGCGUCGGCCGCACCGCCUGGCCCUACGGCUCGGGCGUCUGGUCCAAGAAGGAGUUCGUGCUCCCCGAGAUCGACUCCGACCACAUCGUCUCCCUCUUCGAGGGCAACUCCAACCUCUUCUGGGCGGAGCGCCUCGGCCGCGAGCACCUCGGCGGGAUGAACGACCUCUGGGUCAAGCACUGCGGCAUCUCCCACACGGGCUCCUUCAAGGACCUCGGCAUGACCGUGCUCGUCAGUCAGGUGAACCGCCUCCGCCGCGCGCCGCUCUCGCGCCCCAUCAACGGUGUCGGCUGUGCGUCCACGGGAGACACCUCCGCCGCGCUCUCGGCCUACUGCGCGGCCGCGGGAAUCCCCGCCAUCGUGUUCCUGCCAGCGGACCGCAUCUCGCUGCAGCAGCUCAUCCAGCCAAUCGCCAACGGCGCCACCGUGCUCUCUCUAGACACUGAUUUUGAUGGCUGCAUGCGACUCAUUCGCGAGGUGACUGCAGAGCUGCCAAUCUACCUUGCCAAUUCACUCAACUCGCUUCGCCUCGAGGGGCAGAAGACAGCGGCCAUCGAGAUAUUGCAGCAGUUCAAUUGGCAGGUGCCGGAUUGGGUCAUUGUUCCAGGAGGCAAUCUUGGGAAUAUCUAUGCAUUCUACAAGGGGUUUGAGAUGUGCCGCGUUCUUGGCCUUGUUGAUCGUGUGCCACGGCUUGUCUGUGCACAGGCUGCAAAUGCAAAUCCGUUGUACCGGUACUACAAGUCAGGCUGGACUGAGUUUCAGCCACAAGUUGCUGAAACUACAUAUGCAUCUGCAAUACAGAUUGGUGAUCCUGUAUCUGUUGACCGUGCGGUGGUCGCGCUGAAGGCUACCAAUGGUAUUGUGGAGGAGGCUACAGAGGAGGAGCUAAUGGAUGCGACGGCUCUUGCUGACCGCACUGGGAUGUUUGCUUGCCCACAUACUGGGGUUGCACUUGCUGCUUUGUUUAAGCUCCGGGAUCAGCGUAUAAUUGGGCCUAAUGACCGCACUGUGGUUGUUAGCACAGCUCAUGGGCUGAAGUUCACGCAGUCAAAGAUCGACUACCAUGACAAAAACAUCAAGGACAUGGUUUGCCAGUAUGCUAAUCCACCGAUCAGUGUGAAGGCUGACUUUGGUUCUGUGAUGGAUGUUCUCCAGAAAAAUCUCAAUGGUAAGAUAUAAAGUUAUAUGUUCAGUUAACCCUCCAAACUGCUCUUUUGUUUUUUCGUCCCAGGAAUUCUAUUCCUGAAUCUUUUUCAUCUAUGGUUGCCUGGUUGGUGAACAUGAUAUGGCGCAAAGAUCUAUACCUAAUACCUUGUAGUACUAGGUCUGGAGGCUCUUUUGAAGUGUAGGUUGAAGUGGAUAGAGCUGUUCCUUGUACUUUAUCUGUAUCAUGUAAUAUGAGUAAUAAAUCAUGGUCUAAAUGUUUGAAUAAAAAAUCGUUUCAAAUGACCCACA